UGUCUCUUUCGUUCCUUUAUUUUUUUUUCUCCCUCCAGAGAGAAACUGGUCGGUCCAAUGCUCUCUUGAACACUAAAAAAGAAUCUUCCAUUUCCCCAAAUCUUUCCUUCCUUUUCCUCUCCAAGAAAGAAAAAAAGAAAAUUAAAGUUUGGGUUAUGGACGGCGGUGCUUCCUACAACCCACGUACCGUUGAAGAAGUCUUUCGAGAUUUCAAGGGUCGUCGAGCUGCCAUGAUUAAAGCUCUCACUUCUGUUUGUUUGUUUACUUUUCUGGGUUUGGCGUUGCUUGCAGACGUGGAGGAGUUUUACAAGCAGUGCGAUCCAGAGAAGGAGAAUCUUUGCCUUUAUGGAUAUCCCAGUGAGCAGUGGGAGGUGAAUUUACCAGCUGAAGAGGUGCCUCCGGAGCUUCCGGAGCCUGCGCUGGGUAUUAACUUUGCCAGAGACGGGAUGCAAGAAAAGGACUGGUUGUCUUUGGUUGCCGUACACAGUGACGCGUGGUUACUUGCUGUGGCUUUCUAUUUUGGUGCUAGGUUCGGAUUCGAUAAAGCUGAUAGGAAGCGUCUUUUCAAUAUGAUAAAUGAUCUUCCGACAAUAUUCGAAGUUGUGACAGGAGUAGCUAAGAAACAGACAAAGGAAAAAUUGGCAGUUUCAAAUCACAGCAGCAACAAAUCUAAAUCAAACUCUAAGCGAGGAUCCGAAUCUCAACCCAAGUAUUCGAAGGCAGCGGUGGCAAAAGAUGAGGUUGAAGACGGUAUGGAAGAGGAAGACGAGGAGGAGGAGGAGCACGGAGAGACGUUAUGUGGGGCCUGUGGAGAGUAUUAUGCAGCUGAUGAAUUCUGGAUUUGCUGUGACAUCUGCGAGAAAUGGUUCCAUGGGAAGUGCGUUAAGAUUACGCCGGCAAGAGCCGAGCACAUUAAGCAGUACAAAUGCCCGUCGUGCAGCAACAAGAGAGCACGACCUUGACUACGGUUGCGCUCGGUGGUUCGUGUUAUGUGAAUUCGGAUAUCGUGGAGUUUCUAACUGUCUAGUAGGUAAUGUGGUAGUCAGUUGUCAAUGUGUCGCGUUUAAUGUAGGAGAGCUAUGUUUACGUAGAAUGUAUGGAGGUCGUGAACUUGCUGUUUAAUUUGAUUAUAAAAUUGGCUAUUUAUAACCCUUUCUUUCUUCAAUUGGAAGGGAG